AUUUUUUCAAAGGGCGGGAGUUCGAGCACUACACUUGCUGGCUCCUACAAAAGUUUAAAAAUCUUUGUUCUGCGAUAUGCAGUGCCAUAUUUGCUUUCGAAAGUUUAGUAAAAAAUUAGAAGAGUUGGAAUGUGAAUACUGUAAAAAAUCCGUUUGUAAUGAAUGCUUAAAAAUAGAGAAAAAUGCUAAAAAGGGACUUUGCGCUCUUUGCUGUCGUGAUAAAAACUCUUGCACUUAUAUGCCACUGUUUUACUCGGAAAAGCUUGAAUUGUUAGAAAAUAUUGCACGUAAGCCUGCAUUUUCUAUCCCGGCCCUAUUACCUUUUCCUAUAGAGAAAAAUAAACUUAAUAUAACUCAAGCUAGUUUCAGCCUUUGUAAACUUGAAGAGAGAGUUACGAAAUUAAAAAACUCAUCUACCACUACGGAUUCAAAUAAUACUGGCUUGCAGGGUCCCGCACGAAGCGGGAAAUUGAGUGAAAAAUUCACAAAUUUAAAUCUUAAAGAAGAUAACUUAAAAUAUGAAGAAAAAAUUUUGGAACUCAAAAAGUUUGCUCAAGAAUUAAAACAGCAACAAGGCGUUCGGAUUUCGAAAACAGACCUUGAAAAAGGUGUUAUAACGACAGGUUCGACUCCUUGCGAUAAGGUAAACGGCCUGAUAUUCAUAAAUGCUUCGGGCAAGAGGAAGGAUCCUCUUCGGAAGAGUUUCCUUGGUGCAAUAUUUGCAAUGACGAUGCAGUUUUAAGUUGUCCCGCGUGCGAAAAUGAACUCUUUUGCCAGUCAUGUUUCCUACUUAUACACGGCACUCGGUCAAUGAAAAAGCACAAGCCUAUACACUACUCGCCGAAAUCAAAUAGCCGGACCACUUUAUAAUGUUUUAAGAUUUAUAAUAUUUAAUUAGCGCAUUCUGCCGGAAUAUUUUAAGACGGUCACUUCGAGAACUGUCUUCAAUUUUUCUGGUCAACUUUUUUCAGUCUCUUUCACUGCUCGACCUAA